AAAAAAAAAUAAAAAUCAAAGAUAUUUAUUUUUUGCCAGAAGGGGGCGUACUGAUUACAACAAGUUGACGAAUGUCACGUUGAACGUCAGUAGGGAAAUGUUUUCUAUUUCCGAUCUUAUUUUGAGUGGAACAUUGCUCUUGAAUGCUGCUGCUGUACUGAAUUUUAAAUUAAAGAAAAAACGAGAUGUCGUGGAUUUUAGUGAUCAGCUGACAGAACCCGAAAUUGCUGCUCAUUCUGAGACUACAGGUGAUAAAGUUCGAGAAUUUCUUCAGUCUUUGCAAUAUUUUAGAGUAUUUAUUGCUAUGUGGAAUAUAUUUGUUAUGUUUUUAAUGAUUGUGUUUUUUGGUUCAUAAUAUUUUAAGAAACUAUGCUUAAAGAACAAAGAGUAAUGUAUAUUUUGGCAUUAUUAAUUGAAUCUUCUUCAUUUUUUUGUGAAUAACUUUUAUACUUUAUGUAAUUUAAAUUUUGUUGUUG